AUUCUCUCUCGUGCCUCCCUCAGAGAUUCGACCUCAUCCACCGUUUCGACAACUAACCACCAGGUCGACCAGCCCAACACCGCCGAGAUGAAGUUGAAUAUCUCGUACCCUGCCAAUGGCAGCCAGAAGCUGAUCGAGAUCGAAGAUGAGCGAAAGCUCCGAGACUUCAUGGAGAAGCGUAUGGGCGCUGAAGUCCCCGGCGACAACCUCGGCGAUGAGUUCAAGGGCUACAUCUUCCGCAUCACUGGCGGCAACGACAAGCAGGGUUUCCCGAUGAAGCAGGGUGUCAUGCACCCCACCCGUGUCCGACUCCUCCUCUCCGAUGGCCACUCCUGCUACCGUCCCCGCCGUACCGGUGAGCGCAAGCGAAAGUCUGUCCGCGGCUGCAUCGUCGGCAUGGAUUUGUCUGUGCUCGCUCUCGCGGUCGUCAAGCAGGGUGAUAACGACCUCCCCGGCCUGACCGACGUCGUCCACCCCAAGCGCCUCGGCCCCAAGCGUGCCACUAAGAUCCGCCGAUUCUUCGGCCUCAGCAAGGAUGACGAUGUCCGCAAGUACGUCAUUCGCCGAGAGGUUCAGCCCAAGGGUGAAGGCAAGAAGCCUUACACCAAGGCCCCCAAGAUCCAGAGACUGGUUACUCCCCAGCGUCUCCAGCACAAGCGCCACCGCGUCGCACUCAAGCGCCGCCAAUCCGAGAAGGUCAAGGACGAAGCAAACGAGUACGCCCAGCUCCUCGCCAAGCGUGUCUCCGAGGCACGUGUCCUGAAGGCCGAUGCUCGCAAGCGUAGAGCAAGCUCCAUGCGCAAGUAGAUGUCUGUUCCUGCAGGCGUUUGGUCAGGUGUGUCUUCUGGUUCUUGCAUUGGGGAAUGAACAUGGCAAACGGCAUUUGCUAUCGUGGCUAGUAUUAGUAAGCUCAGGUGAAUGAAUGAGCAGUAUCUAGAUCACGAGGUGUAUUCUCGGCAUGAAAAUAGGACGGUUAAGAUUCCCAAGAUAACUUCCUGAGCCCAUCUCUGUCGUGACAAGAAGCUGGUUCAUGACAAAUCGUGGCCGAUGUAUUUGAAUCCAACAGUCCACCAAAACACCUCGCAGCUGACAACUAAGCUCUGCGCCGGUCAACACGGGGACAUUGUCUAGGAAAUGUACUUGAGGGAAGGGAUCUCUUCUAUUUCCAACCUGAGCACCGUUCCAAAGCACCAUGUUCCCAAGCUGGAGUGGUGCUUCUCACACAGAAGAGUACGAACCUGUUAUUAUAGAAGUCAUAUCAAUCCAAGUUGUAUUUGC